AUGCCACGGUCAAUUUAUGUUUUACUUUGGUAUAGGGGUGAAGGUAAGUGUAUAAUAUAUAAAUAAAAAAGGUCUAGCUACAAAAAGGAGCGCAAAAUGCCAUCAUUGGAAAAACAAUUGAAAUAUACUUCACCCUCAAAAUUUUUUUUAACACGCCCAAAAAAAAUUUUAAAAAAAUGUUUAUGUGACUCAAAAACCGUUAAAAAUACACCCAAUUCCUUCAAAAAAUUACAAACUUUACCCCCACCCUCCCCCCCCAAAAAAAAUUUUUUUUACCCCGCCCAAAAAAAUUCGAAAAAUUUCUACCCCCCUUCAAAAAAUUAAAAAAAAACCAACACAGCAAAAAAAAAUAAAAAAAUUUACCCCCCACCCCACCGUGACAAAAAAAAAUAACCCCUUCCUCCCCAUUUUAUGCCAUCAAUACCCAUUUUCAGACACCAUGUACUCUGAAAAAGCCAUUUUCUGGACGGUGAUGCUCCAAUUCCCUGCCUUUUUCGUCGAAUCUUUAAGCCUAUUCUUCUUAACCCUGGACAGAUUUUUGUUCAUAAUAUGGCCAAAGUACGCGCUUGGGCAACAUCAGAUUUAUGUUGUAAUACCCAAUAUAGCUUGCCAGGCUAUAGCCUAUCUUUUGGAUUUUAUUGUUUACUCAUCCUAUCUUGAUUUUAGUUUAUAUACUGGGAAAAUAACUGGUAAGUCUAGUUUUUUUGUGGCCUACCCUACUCUACCGUACUCCACCUUAUCCUACCGUGCCCUACCUUACCUCGCCUACUUUACCUUAUUUCAUCCUAUCUUGCCCUACCAUUCCCUACCCUACUUUACCCUACCAUACCCUACCCUACCAUUCCUUAUCCUACUUUACCCUACCAUCCUACCCUACCUUACCCUACCCUAUCCUACCUUACCCUACCCUGCCUACCCUACCCUAUUUUACCCUACCUUAUGCUAUGCAACCUAUACCACGGAUACCUCAAACUAAAAUUACACUGUCGCGCCCUACCGUACCGUAAAGCCUAUAGACAUACAUACAUAAUUUUACCCUAUUUGGCCUACACGGCAUCUUUGCCUGCGCUACGCUAGUCCAGUUUUACCGUGCCCUAGCCAUCUCCUCACUUCAUACCUAUAAGUAUAAUAACUUAACCCUGCCUUGUAUGUGCAUUCUCACCUUUCCUACCAUUUUAUUUGCAGCAUGCUAUACCUACAUAUGUUUUGAUCGAUACAGAGCAAAGACGGACUCCUGGAAGUACAUUAUAACCUUAGACGGCAUUAGUAUAUCAGCUGGUGGGACCUUUUGCUACUUCUAUUCUAGAUAUCGAAAGCUUAGCAAAGCUAAAGGAAGCAAACAUGUAAGCCUAACUAUUUAACUACUGCCAUAAGUCGUAUUUUAACAAAGUUAAACUUCUUUAUAUGAUCAAUAAAUACAAAUUGGAGAACUGUUAGUACUAUAUAGUACGUUUAAGAAAGCAAGCAGGCCGUCAAGUUGUCUAUUAUAUAGAUAACCUUUUAUCCGACUAUGCUUGAGAUUAUUUUAGAUUGUUCAAAUAAUUCAGUGUUCCUAAGCUUAAAAACUUGCUUUAAAAAGGAGCACAUAAUUAUUUGAACAACAUAAUAUGAAAGCUUUUACAGGCUAAGCCUAUAUGAUUAUCUUUAGCUCAUGGAUAUAAUAGCAACUUUCAGGCCUACAGCAUAUUAGUCUACGCAUUAGCUACAGAGUUUACAUUCAAACUAGUGCCUCAAUUCCUAAACUUCAAUCUCCUACAUGUAAGUCAGUUCAUUUACUAUAAUAUAAUUGUAAGAAUUCUUCUUUGUAAAAGGUAUUUUACCUAAAAUCUCAAAUUAUACCAUGAACACCAAAUUCAUGCUUAAUUUAAGCUUCUUUUCUGUCAAGAUAAGCCUAAAAAACUUACCAAAUUCAAAGUUUUAAGACUUAUUAGGUCGUUCACAUAAUUAUUUGCUCCCUAAGCAAAUUUUUAGUGCUAAGGGGCGCAUAAUUAUUUGAACAAUUUUGAACAUAAUAGAUUAACCACACUUACAGAUAUUCAACAUUGUGAUCGAAGAUACCAUAGGACCAUACAUGUCAUAUGUCCAAUCACUGGAAAUGUCAUGUAGAGCAAUAUUUUACAUCUACGUAUAUUCACGUUAUCGUGCGAAAAAGAAGCACACCAAAUCAUCAAUAAAGGUGGUACCUACUCCAACAUAG